AUGACGACAAAUCACAAAAGCGCUGAAUGCGCUGCAACAUGCGUUAUGUUCAUGACUAGUGGUGUUUCCGGAGAGAAAUUGCACUUUAUGCAUCCGUAUAGGGUUCAGGAGAAGCCCAAAGAAGACAAGGAUUCCGAGCUGCCGCCCUCAUUUUAUUCACAAUUCAAUCAUCCGUCCAACGCGAAAACGAAAAAGCCGGUUCUUGCCGAAAUUCCAGACGACACUGGCAAAAUUAUGACAGAAUUCACGCUAACCACCGAUUUGCUCGGACAAGCGCUGAAUGUGGACCGAUCGAGCUGCAACAAGCCGUUUGAGCUGAAAAUCGACAAUUAUCGAUUUGUCGCGUGGCCGAAAAAGUGGAAAGCGCGCUCGAACGCGAUUUUUCACAUCUCCAUCGUUUUCGCGAUUCGCGCCAACAGCGAAAGCUACAGCGUCGAAGCGUAUCAGCGGUUGAGCAAAAAGUUGGCCGUCGCGUUCAUCGCACUUCAGCAAUCGGAAGGAUUCAUCGAGGAGCAGCAGAAAAUCAUGGACGACAUUGAUCAUGACGCGAAGAAUCCGUUCGAGAAGAUUCGGCAAAAGAGCAAAUUGGCUCGAACGCUCGUUGAUGUCUAUGAGGAUGUCAUUCGAACCGGAAAUAUUCAUAAAUAUGUAAAUAAUUUAAUCGAGAUCGGAUUUUGCGACGAAGCCUACUCACUAUCGCUAGCCAGCGUGAUGCCGAAGGGUCGAAGCGAGAUCGAGAAAAUCGUGCGCUCGAUUCGCCCCUACCACGGCAUCCUGUUGCUCGAGGACAUCGGACCGACGCCCGACGCGAAUCCAUCGGUGGCGCGUCUCAUUCGGCAUUGCAGUCCCGACCGAUCGAUUCUCGACAUGUCGACGGCGUCGGGAAUUCCGGUGCUCGAAGUGUUCAUGAUUGUGCGCCAUCUGCUCUUGUGGACACGCGCGAUACUGAUUUAUCCGUUGUGCAACACGAAUGUGUACACGUCGGCCACUAGUCCGCAGCCAUUGGAAACAAUGAUCGAGAAGUUUGCGCAACAAUUUGGAGCCAAUAUUCAUCUUGCCGCCGGAUUGGCUCAUUUCAAUCCGCCGGCAACACUCGGAUCGUUUGUGCGCUCCAAUCUUCCACUAUCCGAGCAGCAUGUUCGCGCCAAGUUGGUUGUGAUGCUUUUAAAGCAUCAAAUGCUAAUGCAGCUUCAUGUGUUUUUCUAUAUCAUCAAACCGUAUUCGAAUGCGAAAUGCCCGCGCCCGGGACGGCAUUGUCCAGAAGCAUUGAGGAAUAUGAUUAGCCGUAGCACAAUCGACGUCAACGUGCAAUCGAUUGUCGCCGAUAUAUGCGGACAGAUGCUUGAGACCGAGAGUUUGUCGCAAGUUGAAGAAAAAUUAUCGAAUUUCAUUGCAAUGGCGCCCUAUAUGAAUGGGAAUCAUCAUCUCGAAGAUAUCAAAUAUCAAUUAAAUUUGUCGAGAAACGUGUGCGAAAAUGUGAUAACAUCAUUCCAAUUAGUGAUCGCCAAGAUUCUACGUCCUGAUUUUAUAUCAGAAUGA